ACCUUGCUGAGGAUUGGGCAGCAGCCUCUAGCACUGUUUUCCUUUACUGCGCCUCUGCAUUAUAUGCCACGGCCCACGAGGGUACCCUUUUUAUGUACUUUGACCCCAUACAUCCACACAUUCAUGUGGAAUACUAUGUUUUGACCUGUUCGCUUUCUGCUAUUAAUUCCCCUGCACUCGGUUUCCAAAAUAGUCUGGAAAGGAAAGUGGAAGUAAAGCGUCGUGAAACCGAAAGCAUAGAAGGUAAAAAAAAAAAAAAGUCUUCCGUGAAGAUGGAAGUGGAUCGGUACUUGUCGCGGAUCGGGUUUGAAGGCCCUUCAGGUGUGCCCAGCCUGGAGCUGCUUCGCUCGGUUCACACCUGUCACCUGCUGUCGGUGCCAUUUGAAGACCUGACGGUGCACAGCGGUGGACAGGUCAAGCUGGACCUUCCGGUCCUCUACGACAAGGUUGUGAACCAGCGCAGGGGUGGCUUUUGCUUUGAGAAUAACUCGUUGUUCUACUGGCUGCUGACCCAGCUGGGCUUCCAGGUCACUGUGCUCUCAGGUCAGGUGAAGAACUCCAUAACUAGUUGCUACGGGCCCCCGUUUGACCAUUUGAUCAUAAUGGUCAACCUCGAAGGGAAACGGUGGCUGUGUGAUGUCGGUUUCGGCGCUGCUGGUUUUAGUGCCCCGCUUUCGUUGGAUACUUGUGGUCCUCAGGAGCAGGGCCACAGAGUUUACCGUCUCAGAAGGAUAGACGACGUGCACUUUCUGGAGUGGCAAAAGGAGGAAAACAGAGGCGAAGAUGGGGACUGGACGGAGAUCUACAAGUUCACCCUGGAACCUCGGCGUCUGGAGGACUUCGCUGAGAUGUGCCAGUAUCACCAGAGCUCUCCUAGCUCCAUCUUCUUCUGCAAGUCCCUCUGCACAGUGUUGAGACCCGGCGGGAGGGUGUCUUACAUUGGCCGCAGGCUGAUCACCACCAGAUUCCCAUCUGAAGCAACGGGAGGUGGGCUAGAAACCACAACCAGGGAACUUGAAGAUGAAGAAAUUCCGGCUGUUCUGGCAGAAAACUUUGGAAUUGUGCUUCAGUCUCCACUUAUUCCAAAGGAUGACACAAUUACUCCACCCCCAGUUGUAUACUGAUUUAUGGAUGUCAUAACUUUUAAGGCAAAAUAUACAACUACUGCAAUUUCUGGUGCACCGAUGAGGUGCUUCCGGUUGUUACCAAUUUUUUUGAUUUUGAUAAUUGUUUUUUAAUUUUAAAAAAACUAGAUAGCAAAAAAUACUAAAAUGUAUACAAGGGUAAUUGACCUAGGAAAUUAUUUUUAAUUGACCAGAAUAGAAAGAUAAUAAUCUUAGAUUAGGUUUUGAGUAUUUGACCUGGCAAUGACCAAUUAACUGAGUGAAAAAUGGAAGAAAUUGUGAUUACAGCUGUAACAUUUGGUAAGUAAUUUCAAUUCAAUAAGGUUUUACAUUUUUGUAAUUUAAUGAUUAGGAUGCAUAAAAUUAUGCAUCCUAAUUUUA